GGCCUGGCCCACGGAGGCCGACGGGAGGCGGCGGCCGAAGAGCCGCUCCCCUUGUCCUGGGUAUGGUGUGUGUCUCGCGCCUGUUUAUCCCGCCGCCGCCUCGGCCGCCGUCACCAAUUUACAAGUUAAUUCUCAGGGUAGGUGCCAGAGGGGGAGGACCAGCCUGCACUAUGAAUCCGUGGCUCCUGGUCUGCCUGGUGGGCUGCUUCGUGGUUGCCUGGGCUCCCACUGUCCACGCUCAAGGUGCCUUUGAGGACUGCUGCUUGGCCUACCACCGCCGGGCCAGGCUGUCCGUGCUGCGGCACGCCCAGAGCUACCACCGCCAGGAUGUGAGCGGGAGCUGCAAUCUGCCUGCUGUGAUAUUCUUCUUACCCCAGAAAAACAAGAUGGUAUGUGGGAGGCCAGGGGCCAAGUGGGUUCUGGCUGGGAUGAAGAUUUUGGAUGCCCGGAAAAAGAGCCAGUUAAAGCACCCGGAGAAGCAUCACGGCACCCGGAGAAACUUCCGAGCAGGACCGUGAGCCCACACUACUCCAGGAUCUGCCCACACGAGAUGGGCCGGACCUCUCUCUGCCACAGUCAUCACUCUGCGGCCUUGACUGCCCCAGCCCUUCUGUCCUCCAGGGCAAAUCUCAACCCCUGUACCUGAGGCUGUGCCCGGCCUCUCCCUGUCACCCCUGCCACCUCCUGCCCCUCCAGCAACUGGAACCAGGGAGCCCUGUUACUUCAAGCCCUGCGCCUGCUCCAGGUACCAGAGUCACGCCUGCCUGGGUAACCAUUCUCGGAAAGAACCAUGGCGAUCGUUGCCUGCCUGCAUGGACACACCUACCUGCAUCCCUCUGGGUCCCUGCAGAGCUUCAGUUCUCUCCCAGGACCUGCUUCCAAAACUUUUAAAUAAACCAAAGAUGGGACGCCA